GCUCGGCGUCUUUUCUCUCUGAAGCUUCGCCAACGCAACCUCCCCCCCAAACAAGCAGAGCACGAAACCCUCACCUCCCAGAACCUUCGCUUUCUCUCUCUCUCUCUCUCUAUAGCGCAUCGCGGUCGCGAUCGGCGGCGGCGACGCUUCCCGCCCCCUCGAUCGGCGGCCGGUCGGCGAGCUCGGCUCGGCUCGGCUCCGGCUUAGGCCCAGCCCCGAGCCGGUCCAUGGGGGAGAACGGGAGCGACAGCUCCGACGACGCCGCCCUCCCGACAGAGGACGAGCCCGAGGAAUCGGAGUCGCUGUCGGAGUCGGAGGAGGAGCGCCUCCGCGACCUGCAGGAGUUCAGGAUGGUCGCGCGGCUCGGCGACCUCCGCGGGGCGGCGGCGGAGGCGGCGGCGGGAGGAAGAGGAGGAGGCUCUCGGUUGAAGACGCCGAGUCGGUGCGCGAGUUCGCAUGCGGAUUCUGCGUCGAGAGAGGAGCCGGAGGAGCGCGUUAAGCGGUUGUAUGGCGAACUCAGAUCUGACAUCACGGGCGAGGCAGCAGAAACUUACUCCAGGAACUCGCGUAAUGUUUGUCCAUAUAUUUCAUCAGAACUGUCACUAGUUUCUGCUUCUCAGACCAUUUCACCAGUUGCCAAUUCGACUCAUCUAGACCAUAAACUGCCACCAACUACAAAGGUCACAGAUUCAUGUACUGUACAUGCCAAGGUACAGAAUUCUUCCGAUUGUGGAACUACAUCUGAUGUGAAGGCAUCUAGAGGAGAUGGGUACAAUUGGAGGAAAUAUGGUCAGAAGCAAGUUAAAAGUCCAAAAGGUUCCCGUAGCUACUUUAGGUGCACUAAUUCUGAAUGUUCUGCCAAAAAGAUAGAGUGCUCUGAUCUGUCGAGCGACACAAUAGAGACUGUUUAUAGAAGUUCACAUAAUCACGAUCCACCUCAGAAAGUCAGAGAUGGGCGGCAGAGGAGUCGGGUCAAGUCUGCCAGAAUCAUUGUGGAGAGUGAGGUUGUCGAACAUCCGGUAAGAAUGCUCACUGAAUCAGAUCCAUCUGUAGCUUCAAGAGAACAAAAAAAUGAAUUACCAUCAUCAGUUCCUGGAAGAGAAAUAGAAAAGGCAAAUGGCUUUGAUGCAAACGAUGGAAUUGUGGCCAAACAGGAAAAUGACAAUAAUCCAGAGCCGAAGCCAAGGGGGAAGAAAAAUAGGUUGUUUCGGUCGAGUUCUCCCUUAAAACCUGGGAAGAAACCGAAAUUUGUUGUGCAUGCCGCGGGUGACGUUGGGAUAUCUGCUGAUGGAUACAGAUGGCGCAAGUAUGGACAGAAAAUGGUUAAGGGAAACCCUUAUCCGAGGAACUACUACAGAUGCACCUCUGCUGGAUGCCCUGUACGUAAACAAGUCGAAACAGCAAUAGACAAUGCUAGUGCUGUUACAAUAACUUAUAAGGGGAUACAUGACCAUGACAAGCCAGUGCCCAAGAAAAGGCAUGGCCCACCAAGCGCCCCUUUGAUCACAGCUGCAUCUCCAGAUUCGUUGCACGGUACACCGAUCAAGAAGUCAGAUGGAUUGCGAAAUCACACUUCACCGACGCAGUGGUCUGUGGACUCAGAAGGAGAGUUAUCAAGCCAGGCCCUAGACUUGGGAGGUGAGAAGGCCAUCGAAUCAGCUAGAACUCUUCUGAGCAUCGGUUUUGAAAUCAAGCCCAGAUGAACGUGUGCUUGCGACUGGUGGAGAAGGGAUAAGCUCGUGCUCUUGUUAAAAAUGACUAGAGACAGUUUUUUUCGGCUUUUUACUUCACCGGUUUUGCCCUGUAUCUUGCUUCGCCAGUCUUCCUGUUUGCGUGGUUUUACACACCCGGUCUUUAUUUACAUGAGUGAGUGGUGUAUCUCCAUCGUAGACUGAUCGUGAAGAGAUGAAUGGCAAGACCAUCGUCUUCCAAACAA